ACGGGCUGCUUUCUGUCCGGGGUUUUGUUCCGGAAUUGCAUUUCACAGCGCGAGAGAGGGGGCGGAGAUGGAAUAUUUAGAUGAGCCGUGAUUGACAGCUCCUGUUUCUCCAAUGCUCUCAGAAACUCGCCUGCUCCUUCCAGCAACUCUUCACUCUCCACUCCCGAGCACUACAAACAAACGGACGCUAGGGGAUCUUCAUGACGGCACUCUGCUGAUCGCUCCUCUUUUGCGCUUUUAUUUAUUUUCUUUUAUUAGUUUAUCCCUGCGCGCGCUGGUUAAAUGCGCUGAUUGCAUCGAUCAGCCCGUUUUCUGCCCUCCCGCGUCCCUGUUCUGGAGAAGCUGUAAUAAUGUCCUAUCCUCAGGGUUACCUCUACCAGCCCCCUGGCUCUCUGGCGCUCUACUCCUGCCCGCUGGCCGCCCCGAGGAGCGAGGAACUGGUCCGGUCCUCCUCCGGUUCAGCGUUCAGCCCGUACCCCGGAUCUGCGGCGUUCACCGCCUCGGCCAGCGGAUUCUCCAGCCCUCUGCCCUAUUCCACAGAUCCAGCCACGGGAUUCCCGUCCUACAUGGAUGGCAUCAGUUUGCACGUCGAUGCCCUGACAGAUCACUCGUGCUCGGUGGAAUCGGACGGGGAGAAGGUCGCGUGCAGGACCGGAGACCUGGUUUGUGAUUCUGGACCCGAUAGCAAGGACAAAUGCGACGCAAGUGAUCUGGACACGGUCCGCGAGGACAGGCAAAGAGGCCCGUCACCCAAGCCGCUGACCUCCUCUCCUCUGACCGCGGUGGAGGCCCCUCUCUUGACCCAUCAUCACCGAGAGAGCAGCACCAACAAAACAUGCCUGGACGGUCAAAACCAAACCGUUAAACCUAAGCUCUGGUCAUUAGCCGAGAUCGCCACUUCGGACCCAAAGCAGCAGCAGCAGCAGCAGCAGAACUGUCCCCCGGGUGUUGGCCUUUUGACCUCCACGGCGUCCAGCGCGUCUCCAACGGGCGCAGUGUACCCCGCCACCUCCAUAUUAGGAAGACCGCUUUAUUACACCUCGCCGUUUUAUAGUAAUUACACAAACUAUGGCAACUUCAGCCCGCUGCAGGGCCAAGGGAUACUGCGCUAUAAUUCAUCUGGAGAGGGACUCCUGCACAAACAGAGCGGCGAGCCUCUGCUAAAGACCAAUCCAAACCAGACUGAACAGCAUUUCAGGGCCUCCAAUGCAGAAUCCAAAAAAGACCCCACCGAGGUUUUCACAGUAAGAUCCCAGUCUUACCUCUCGAGUUAAAGACGAGGAAGAUCUCUCAAGUAAGU